UUUGUUUUUCAAAGGUGAUUAGGUGAUCAGUAUUGAUGAUGACAAAUAGAUUGAAUAACGAAGUCGAAAAUAAGGCUAACCAGAGAUGCAAGCAUGCAUGGUAGGCUAUAGGCUAUAUAUUAAAGGGGCGAAGUAGUCAGUUUCAUGAUUAAAUUUGCAAAUGGAGCUGAAUGUAGCUAAACUUUGCAAUAUUGGUCCAUUGUUUCUAUCUCUUAUUCUCGUUGUCUCUCUUGUGAUUUGGCUUAAUUUGGCGCAGAGGAAGAAACUAAAUUUGCCUCCAUCACCGCCAAAGUUGCCGAUUAUUGGCAACAUUCAUCAACUGGGCAAACUUCCCCACCGAUCUCUCGGAGACCUUUCUAGGAAGUAUGGCUCUCUCUUGCUUCUACAAUUGGGGCAUAAUCCAACUCUAGUGGUGUCAUCAGCCGAGAUGGCUAGAGAAAUCAUCAAAAAUCAUGAUAUUGUUUUCUCAAACAGACCAAGUACCACAGCAGCAAAUAUCUUGCUUUACGGAUGCAGUGAUAUUGCUUUUGCACCGUACGGGGAGUACUGGAGACAAGUUAGGAAGGUUUGUGUUCUUGAGCUUUUGAGUGUCCGAAGAGUUCACUCGUUUCAGUUUGUAAGAGACGAAGAAGUCGAACUUGUUAUCAACAAAAUCCGCCGUGCUUCUGUCAAAGGAGAGUCUAUUAAUCUGGCGGAGAUGUUGAUGGCCUUAGCAUAUAACAUAGUUUCUAGAUGCACUGUUAGUCGGAAAUUCGAAGAAGAAGAUGGUAAUAGCAAGUUUGGACAGUUGGCAAGAAGGCUGCUGGGUCUGUUGAUGAGUUUCUGUAUCGGGGAUAUGUUUCCUUACUUGAGGUGGCUGGAUCUGCUUACAGGAUUUAUUCCAAGAGUGAAAGCAGUUAAUAGAGAAAUAGAUGCGUUUUUUGAUCAGAUAAUUGAGAAGCAUCGAGCAUUGAAAAGUCAUGAUGAGGUUCCCAAAAGAAAGGACUUCGCUUCUAUUAUCCUCCAACUCCAAGAGGAUGGCUUGCUUGAGAUGGACCUCACUCAAGACAACCUCAAAGCAAUCAUCCUGGACAUGUUUCUUGGAGGAACCGAUACCAGUGCAACAACAGAAGAAUGGCUGAUGGCUGAACUCUUAAAAAAUCCAAAUGUCAUGAAAAAGGUCCAAGAAGAGGUAAGAAAUGUGGUUGGAAAAAAAUCAAAGAUAGAUGUGAAUGAUAUAAACAAAAUGGAAUACUUGAAGUGUGUCAUCAAAGAAACUUUAAGACUACACCCGGUUGCUCCUUUACUGAUUCCUCGACAAACAACCGCAAGUGUUAAAUUGGGAAGUUAUGAUAUUCCUUCCAAUGUUAGAGUCCUUAUCAAUGUAUGGGCAAUUCAGAGAGAUCCCAAUUGGUGGGAAAAACCAGAGGAGUUUAUCCCAGAGAGGUUCGAGAAUAGCCCUGUUGAUUUCAAAGGUCAAGAUUUCCAGUUCCUCCCAUUUGGAUGUGGAAGAAGGAUCUGUCCUGGGAUGCAAUUUGCAGUCGCUUCUAUUGAGAAUGUGGUUGCGAACCUUCUUUAUUGGUUUGAUUGGAAGUUACCCGCUGGUGAAAACGCUGAGAACUUGGAUAUGAGUGAAGUCUACGGGCUAACUGUCAACAAGAAAGUCCCACUUAGUCUUCUACCUAUAUCUCAUUUAUGAUCUAUUUAGGUAUAUUAUGCUUGCAUUGUACUUUAAUAAUGUGAUUUGAAUCCGAGGCAUAGCCUAGAUGGCUUUUGGUAGGUUUAAAAUUCAAAUCUCAACAGUUGUAAUUCCUUCUUUUUAUCUCAUAUUAUAGUAUCUUAUAUAUAUAUAUAUAUA